AAAGUACUUUCUCCGCUCCACGGCCGGUCCAGAGUCCAGCCUCCAGAGUAUGAGAAUGGCUCACCGCCUCCUCCUGCUGGCGGGCAUCGUCGCCCUGCUCGCUUCCCCCGCGGCGGGCGUAUACCCGUGGCCAAUCUGCGGGCACUCAGGCAACUUCGCGGCCAACAGCACGUACCAGGCGAACCUGGCCCGCAUCGCCGCCACGCUCCCCAAGAACGCUUCUUCAUCGGCGACCCUCUUCGCCACGGCCCAGGUCGGCGUCGUCCCGGAGCAGGUCUGGGCGCUGGGGCUCUGCCGCGGCGACUCCAACGCCUCCUCCUGCUUCACCUGCCUCGACCAGGCCUUCACGGACCUGUCCAACGCCUGCGCCUACACCAAGGACGGCACCAUCUACUACGACUCCUGCGCGCUCCACUACUCCAACAUCCACUUCCGGGCCUCCGACAACACCGAGUACAGCACCACGUACAGGCUCCGGAACGACUUCAACGCCACGCUGGAGCCGGCCCGGUUCCAAAGCGUCGUGGCGGCGCUCAUGAACGCCACCGUGGACUACGCCGCGUACAACAACAGCGGGCGCAUGUACGCGUCCGGGGAGGCCGAUUUCGACCGGGAGCUGCCCAAGGUGUACGCCUGGGCGCAGUGCACGCCGGACAUGGCGCCCGCGCGGUGCCGGGACUGCCUCGGCCGGAUCAUGGAGGCGCUGCCCAGGCAGUUCACCAGCGCCAUCGGUGCCAGGGUUCUUGGGGUCAGGUGCAGUUACCGGUAUGAGACCAAGCCCUUCUUCGAGGGCCCCGUCAUGGUGCGGCUGCAAGGGACGUCCUCGGCCAGCCCUGGAGCGCCGCCGGCUCCUGCGCCCACGACUGUGGUGCCCAAUGUUGUGACGCCGGGGACAGCGGCCCCGGCCGCACAAGGGAGAAAGUACAGUGUUCCUGGUAUGGUUCUUAUAGUUCUGCUGCCUACUAUAGCAGCCAUAAACCUCGUCGCCUGCCUCGUCCUCUGGAUGCGGCGGCGGCCACUGGCAGAAGCAAAGCAGACAUAUCCAGGCUAUUCCGCUGAAGCCGAGGACAUUGAAAGUGUAGACUCGAUGCUGAUCGACAUCUCAACUUUGCGAGCUGCAACCGGAGAUUUUGCGGAAAUUAACAAGCUCGGUGAAGGCGGAUUCGGUGCGGUGUACAAGGGCAUUCUCCCGGAUGGCGACGAAAUAGCAGUGAAGAGACUGUCGAAGAGCUCAACGCAAGGAGUAGGGGAGCUGAAGAAUGAGCUCGCCUUAGUUGCCAAGCUCAAGCACAAGAACCUUGUCAGGCUUGUCGGCGUCUGCUUGGAGCAGCAGGAGAGGCUGCUUGUCUACGAGUUCGUCCCUAACCGGAGCCUCGACAUUAUCCUUUUCGGUGAUACUGAGAAACGCGAGCAACUGGACUGGGGAAAGAGGUACAAGAUCAUAAACGGAAUCGCUCGAGGUCUACAGUACCUCCACGAAGACUCCCAGCUCAAAGUAGUCCAUCGUGAUCUCAAGGCCAGCAACAUCUUGCUUGACACCAACAUGAACCCCAAGAUAUCAGACUUCGGCCUCGCGAGGCUCUUCGAGCGAGACCAGACCCAGGGUGUCACGAACCGUGUCGUCGGAACAUAUGGAUACAUGGCGCCGGAGUACGUGAUGCGCGGGAACUACUCCGUGAAAUCGGACGCGUUUAGUUUCGGGGUGAUGGUCCUGGAGAUCGUGACGGGGAGAAAGAACAACGACUGCUACAACUCCAAACAGUCUGAAGAUCUCUUGAACACGAUGUGGGAGCAUUGGACGGCCGGAACAGUGCUGGAGACGGUGGACCCGUGCAUGAGAAGCAGCUUCUCGGAGAGCGACGUGCUAAGAUGCAUCCACGUAGGGCUUCUAUGCGUUCAGGGGAACGCCGCGGACCGGCCGGUGAUGUCGUCGGUAGUCAUGAUGCUGGGAAGCGAAACGGCCUCUCUCAGUGCCCCGUCCAAGCCGGCGUUCUAUGCCAGGAACCCCGGUGCCAACCCAGGCAUUGCGUCCGACGUGUCGACCGUGUCAUUGCAGGAUGAGUCCCUUUUUUAUCAACAUUGUACGUGCUCUGUAGCCAGCAAAGAAUCUACCCGUUCCUGCAGGCAAAAGCCACGUGAACUUGACAGGUGCAAGCAGCGGGACCCACGUCAUUCAUUCGUUGUUCUGCAGUCAAACAAUUGGUUCUCCAUGCCACGUCGGGAGUCAAACAAUCCUUUCCUGAUUUCUAGUUCCUUCUACUCGCCGCCAUGGUUUCACACGCUCGAUCGCCAGACCGGCUUCCCUGCGAUCUCCAUGGCGACGGGCCACCGCGUCCUCGCCCACCUCACUGCGAUGUUGCUACUCGUACUCGUACCCAUCCUCCUCCUCGUGCCGCUGGCCGCCGCGCAGCCACAGGUGUGCGGCGACAGCGGGAGCUAUGCGCGCAACAGCACCUACCAAUCCAACCUCCGGCGGCUCUCCGCCACCCUCCCCGCGGACGCCUCCUCGUCCACGAAGCUCUUCGCCACCGGCAGCGUCGGCUCCAUUCCGGACAUCGUCUUCGCCCUCGCGCUCUGCCGCGGCGACGUCAACGCCUCCGCCUGCGAGGCCUGCGUCACCACCGCCUUCCAGGACGCGCAGCAGCUCUGCCCCUUCGACAAGGAUGCCUCCAUCUUCUACGACCUCUGCCUCCUCCACUUCUCCAACCAGAACUUCCUGCCCGCCACCGACGGCCACGGCAACCAGUUCUUCUUCCAGUCGGACUCGCGGAAGGUGUCCGCGCCGGCGACGGUGUUCGACGACGCCGUGGGGGUGCUCCUGAACGCCACCGCCGACCACGCGGCGUCGAGCUCGUCGUCCAGGCGGUUUGCCACGGGUGAGGAGAAAUUCGAAGGAGGCGGCAUCUCCGCGAUCUACGCCCUGGUGCAGUGUACGCCGGACUUGGCACCGGCCGCCUGCCGGAGCUGCCUCGGGGAUAUAAUUCAGCAGAUGCCCGAAUUUCUCAGCGGUGGCAAGAGUGGGAGGGCCUUUUGGAUCCGGUGCAACUAUCGGUACGAGCUCUAUCCUUUCUUCUCAGGCAGCCCUCUUUUGCGGCUUCCGGCGCCGGUGUUUGCUGGAACCCCGCCGUCGCCACGGCUUCCAACAUCGUCGCCGGCGAACGUUAGACCGCCGAUGAAUGAAAGAGGGUGGAAGAGAAGAUCAGCAGCAAAGAUCUCUGCAUCAGUCGCCUGUACCAUUGGCUUAGUAUUGAUGCUUUCGGCUUCGGCGUUUAUUUUCUUCAAGAAAAGAAAGUCUCAGAAGAAGCAGCCAACACCAGCAUUUCAGAAUGUUGCGAGAGGAAAAUGUAUGGUCUUUGAUUUAUCUACACUACAAGAGGCAACCGAGAACUUCUCCAAGGAGAAUAAACUUGGCGAGGGUGGUUUUGGUAUUGUGUACAAGGGAGCACUCUCAGAUGGGCAAGAUGUGGCUGUGAAGAAACUUUCACAUAGUACUACUGAGGGACUGAAUCAGUUGCACAAUGAAGUGCAAGUUCUGGCUCAGCUCCAGCAUACAAAACUUGUCAGGUUACUGGGGUAUUGCUCGCAUCAGAAUGAAGUGAUGCUUGUCUAUGAGUACGUAAAGAAUGGGAGCCUCGACAGCUUUCUAUUUGAUGAUAGCAGGGCAAGGAAACUAAAUUGGGAUCAACGGUACAAUAUCAUUGUUGGAAUUGCCAAGGGAAUAUUGUAUCUUCAUGAAGACUCGAGCAUAAGAAUCAUUCACCGUGAUCUGAAGUCUAAUAACAUCUUACUGGACGAGAAACUGAAUCCCAAAAUUGCAGACUUCGGGCUGGCAAGGCUGCUAGGAGGAGGUCAUACACAGACAAAGACAGCUAAUGUUGCAGGAACAUAUGGGUAUAUGGCACCGGAGUAUGCAAUACUUGGAAGUGUGUCACCCAAGAUUGAUGUUUUCAGCUUCGGUGUUUUGGUCCUCGAGAUUGUAACUGGGAGAAAGAAUAACAGUUCUGAUCAUUCGAAUAGCAUGGUGAAUCUCCUAAGCGAUGUAUACAACUGCUGGACUAAUAAGAUGGCAUUGCAAACAGUUGACCAAUCACUCCGUGCAUAUUCCAAAAGCCAAGUACUACGUUGCAUCCACAUCGGUCUUCUUUGCAUCCAAGAUGAUCCAGAUGGUAGACCAAGGAUAUCAUCAGUUGUUCUAAUGCUAACCAGAGACAGAGUAAAACUACAUCCACCAGGACGACCAGCAUUCUUCUUCCCGAGAGGCUCGACUUCAGUAGUCAAACAUGCCAGACAUGGUAACUACAUAUACGAUAAGUCCGAUGUGACCACGGAGGAUAAUUUCUCGGUGAAUGAUGUCACUAAUACUGAUCCAUAUCCUAGAUAAGCUGAAGCCUGAAAGCUUUUUAAGGAUGCCUGAGUGGACUCUUUUGUGCUGCUCUGCUGUAUAUAGAAUGAAUUUUUAUACAGUUUUGCUAAUUAUCAGACACCUAUAUUGUAGAUGUGCAAAAUUAUUAACUUUUUAGUGUAAUUAACCAAAGGGUUAUAUACGUAGUUACUAAUUCUCUGGGUUA